AAUUGAACGAACCUUGUCAAUCAUCAAUUGUUUUUGAUAGAGUUUGCUUUUAAAUAAACUGUGAAAACUUUCGUAACAAUCGACUUUUAAUUUGUGUAAACAUUCAAAAAAUGACUGUAUCACGACUCAGUUCCCGUCGAGCCAGCAUUGCUUCAAUUAAAUCAGUGAUUAAGAAUGUGGCCCGAUUCCGAUGGUUAAUAUUCAUGCUUGGAAACAUCGCUAGUUUUGCCAAUACUGUGAUUGCAACAAGCUUAAGUUUAACAAUCGUUGCUAUGAUUGAGAAAGAUCCAACCAACUCAACACAACUCUUGGAUGCAAAUGGUACAUCAACAGUCAAAAUUGCGCCAAUAUCAACGGGUAAAAUUCAUGUUGACUGGACAAGUGUGGAUAAAGAUCGUAUGCUUCAAGCAGGGUUCUGGGGAAUUUUGGCGAUAUCAUUGUUUAGUGGUCGCAUUUGUGAACUAUUUGGUCCAAGGAAAGUUGUAUCGUUGGCUUUAGCAUUCGUAGGAUUUACCAACAUGCUGUUUCCCUUGAUAGCAAAGCACAGUUUUCUUGGUGCUUACCUGGUUAAAGUUAUCCAAGGGAUUUGUGCUGGAUUGAUUCCACCUUCACUCUUUGUGAUGAUCUCUCGAUGGUCCACUUCAAGUGAAAGGACUUUGUCAAACUCAGUGGUAAUAUCUGGUGGUGCGAUUGGUAGUCUUGUUGGCCUUCCAUUUGCCGGUAUUUUGGUUAGUUCCAGUUUCCUUGGUGGUUGGCCUUCAGUCUUUUACCUCUUUGGUGGACUUAAUGUGAUCAUAGCCAUUGCUUGGUAUAUUAUCAUCUAUGACACUCCCGAGGAACAUCCAUAUUUAAGUGCUGAAGAGUUGGAAGAAAUACUUUCCAACCGUACACUCAAAUCAAGCGAUAAAAUUGAUGUACCUUGGCGAAAAAUGUUGACAUCAUUACCAGUAAUUGCUCAUCUUGUUCCUAGUUUUACUUAUGGCUGGAUUAGUGCUGUUGUUGGCGCUCAGAUUCCUUCGUUUUACGAAGAGGUUCUUGGGUUUUCACACACAGCGAAUGGGUUUUUGUCGAGUCUUCCCUGGUUGCUAUCAACGUUAAUUUCUAUUCUUGGAAGUACAAUUGCUGAUAAAUUGCGUCGAACUAAUCGCUUCUCUACAGCAGUAAUUCGAAAAACUUUUACCCUUAUUGGUUUAGGUACAGUAUCUUGUGGACUGGUUGCAAUUACCCUUCUUGGUAAAAGACGAACGGCUGUUGUACUAACCUUGUCAAUUGCCAAAGGAAUGGGAAGUUUAGUUAUUGCUGGUGCUGGUGCAAAUCAUCUCGACAUUGCACCGUCAUUUGCUGGGACUUUGGGUGGCUUUGCAUCAGUGUUACACAGUUUGUCAUCAUUGGCUGCCAAUGAAGGUGCAGCUCAGAUCGUUGGGAAUGAAACAACAGCUCAAAAUUGGUACUAUUUCUUUUACUUGAGCGCAGCCAUAAACGUUGUUGGAGUAAUCGUGUUUUGCCUCUUUGGUUCAGGAGAAACACAAAGUUGGGAUCCUUCAUCAGUUCCUAAGCAAAGUAAUACAAAUAAUUCAAGUUUAAAGUCACAAAACAUUACUAAGGGAAAUACAGAAAAUAAUAAUCAAAUAGUCAUAGAAUCUCUUGAAAGCUAUAAUUCAAACAAAGAUCAUAUUGACUCUUAAGCUAACAUUAUGCAUAAUGUUGUUUUAAUUUGUUAAUUGCAUUCGUUUAUAUCCAAAAUAAAUUAAAAAAAUGUUUCAUUUUGAA